AUGGGUGCCAGGUGCAAGUUUUCAGAUUUAGGCAAACAAUCCAGUAGCUUUCACAAACUAAGGAGGAUAGGCCGUCUCCUGCCUUUGGCUUCUGCUGAUGAUGGUGUGUCAGUUAAUUCAAAACCCCAAGCAAGAAGUGGCGAUGAGAUUGGGGGAAAGAGGUACAAGUUGGAUGAAUCCUUGAAGGAUGAGGACUACAGUACUGGCAUGGUUCAGUUGCUGCAUGAUGCUGCCAGGGUGUUUGAGUUGGCAAUUAAAGAACAAAACUCUGCAUCGAAAACAUCAUGGUUCUCAACUGCCUGGCUUGGUGUGGACAAAAAUGCUUGGGCUAAGGCACUGUCUUAUCAGGCGGCUGUGUAUUCUCUUCUGCAAGCAGCAAGUGAGAUUUCAUCUCGAGGAGAUGGAAGGGACAGGGAUAUCAAUGUUUUUGUGCAGAGGAGCAUAUCACGGCAAUCUGCUCCUUUAGAGAGUUUAAUCAAUGAUAAGCUGUUGGACAAACAGCCUGAAGCUUAUGACUGGUUUUGGUCUGAGCAAAUCCCAGCUGUGGUGACGAGCUUUGUUAAUUAUUUUGAUAAGGAGAAACGUUUUGCCCCUGCUAAUGCUGUGUAUAGAAAAGGUUUGUCUGCAGUUUCCGGCAAUUCAAGUGACAUAUCUCUUCUCUUGCUUGCACUUAGUUGUAUAGCAGCUAUCAUGAAACUUGGCCCUACAAAAGUUUCUUGUGCUCAGUUCUUUUCCAUUGUACCUGACAUAACUGGUAGAUUGAUGGAUAUGCUGGUUGAAUUUGUUCCUGUUGGCCAAGCUUACAACUCGAUAAAGGAAAUUGGCCUGCGUAGGGAAUUUCUGAUCCAUUUUGGUCCGCGAGCAGCUGCUUGUAGAGUGAAAAAUGAACUGGGUGCUGAGGAGAUUGUAUUUUGGGUGAGUCUAGUACAAAAGCAGCUGCGGCGAGCUAUCGACCGGGAGAGAAUAUGGUCCAGACUCACGACUAGUGAAAGUAUUGAGGUUUUGGAGAGGGAUUUGGCUAUAUUUGGGUUCUUCGUUGCCUUGGGGAGAAGUACACAAUCCUAUCUCUUUGCUAAUGGAUAUGAAACUCUGGAUGAACCAAUUGAAGGAUUUAUAAGGUAUUUAAUUGGAGGCACUGUGCUUUAUUAUCCUCAGCUGUCAGCAAUAAGUUCUUAUCAACUGUAUGUGGAGGUUGUUUGUGAAGAGCUGGAUUGGGUUCCUUUUUAUCCAGGCAGUAGUAGCACCUCCAAACGAACUGUUGCACACAAACGUAAUGAAUCCCUCCCCAACACUGAAGCAAUUGCCUUAGUAUUAGAAGUUUGUUCGCACUGGAUCGAGAGUUUCAUCAAGUACAGCAAAUGGCUUGAGAAUCCAUCUAAUGUUAAGGCAGCUAGGUUUCUUUCCAAAGGGCACAACAAAUUGAAAGCAUGUAUGGAAGAGCUGGGAAUUCAAAAGUAUGCGCUGGAGAAUGUUGAAGAAGCUCUUCUACGGCUCGAAGAACUGCUUCAGGAGCUGCAUGUAUCAAGCUCUAGUUCUAGGAAGGAGCAUUUGAAAGCUGCUUGUUCAGAUCUAGAAAGGAUUAGGAGACUGAAGAAAGAAACUGAAUUUCUUGAAGCAUCUUUCCGAGCCAAGGCAGCAUCUCUUCAGCAGGGAGCUGUCAGUGGCCUUAGACCUCCAGUUGGUGAGCAGCAACUGUACUCCAGAGAAAAAGGUAGUAAGGGUGCUGAUGCUGAAACUGAUGGGAGCCGCAGCUCUCGCGGAUUAUGGAGUUUCUUCGUACCUCGGCCAAAUAAAUCACCUAGCCCGAGCUUGUUAACUGCAAAUGAUAGUCAGAAUGAUGGGAUAGCUGAACAAGAAAUUGUAAAUAACGGAAUAACUGAAUCAGAAUCAGAUGAAAUUCAGCGCUUUGAACUUUUAAGGAGUGAAUUAAUGGAACUUGAGAAGCGAGUCCAAAGAAGUGCUGAUCGAUGUGGAUAUGACGAGGAGGAAGUUCUGGUUAAAAGUGACGCAUCUACACAUAAUGGUGAUGCUAAAGGCUCUGGGUUGGUACCGGUUCAAAAGAAAGACAGUAUUAUUGGGAGAUCCCUAGACAAACUGAAGGAGACGAGCACAGAUGUCUUGCAAGGCACUCAGCUUCUGGCUAUUGAUACAGCUGCUGCCAUGGGGCUCCUUAGGAGAGUGCUAAUCCGGGACGAGCUAACAGAAAAGGAAAAACAGGCUCUCAGAAGAACAUUAACUGAUUUGGCCUCAGUAUUGCCUAUUGGAUUUCUCAUGCUCCUUCCUGUUACUGCAGUGGGUCAUGCUGCUAUGCUGGCAGCUAUUCAACGCUAUAUGCCGGCAUUGAUACCUUCGACAUAUGGACAAGAAAGGUUGGAUCUGUUGAGGCAGCUGGAGAAAGUGAAGGAAAUGGAAGAUGAGGUUGCCGUCAAUGAACAUUCUGACGAGGAGUAA